AAUAAUUUCGAAACGUUACCAUCGAAUGCGCAAAUUGUUUUGGAUGGACGGCGCAUGUAUCUCAACGAGGCGACACUUCUCAAUGAAGGCGUAUAUCAGUGUCGGGUACGGAAUAGUGCUGGUGAAAGUACUAAAAAUUUCGCAUUAACCGUUUUAGUACCACCAACUUUUCGUGAUAAAAAAUACGAAACAAACAUUCAAGUAACAACGGGUACCGCAUUAUUGCUAACAUGUUAUGUUGAUGGUCAUCCAUCACCAAAUGUCCAGUGGCUUCGCGAUGGUCAAAGUCUAACCGAAAAUUAUGUUUCAAUGAGUGAUCGAAAUCAAAAAUUAGUUGUACAACACAACGAUUAUGCUAAUCACAGAUAUACGUGCAUUGCAAGCAAUAAGAUUGGAAGUAUAUCGCGUGAAUUCCUCGUUCAGGUAAUAGCUCCACCGGUAAUGACCGAUUCUGAUGAUAAUGCACCAAUUGAAGUGAUCGAAGGAGAUACAGUAACAUUGGAAUGUCCACUCUCUACACCAAUUAAUAUUAUGGAUAUAGAAUGGUUUAAAAAUGGACGUCCAAUAACGUUGGAUGAUGCAAAUAUGCAAAUUUCAUUGGAUAAAAGUCGAUUAGUAAUUGUACGCAUGGCGAAAGAAGCCGAAGGGACAUAUAUUUGUGUGGCACGAAAUUCAGCCGGUCAAGCAACACGAGAAUUUGAUGUUGCAGUCAUGGUUCCGCCAAGUAUUAUUGGCAAAGCAGUAGAACAUAUUUCAAUUGUGGAAGAUGAAUCACUAGAACUUGAAUGUGACUUCGAAGCAGAUCCAAUUCCGGAUAUACACUGGUCAAAAGAUGGCGCUGAUGUCGGAAAUAACGUACAGCUUUUAAAUGAGAAAAGAACAGCAUUAGUACAAUCGGUGAAUUCUGAAAAUGCUGGAAGUUAUCGUUGUGGAAUUAUCAAUAAAGCUGGUCGUGCUGAGAAAACAUUCAAUGUGCGCGUUAUUAUGAAGCCUGAAUUGGAAGAUGCUAAUAUAACAGUAUUGAUCGAAACACUUGCACAUCAACCAGUAAGCUUUGAAUGUCCAUUAGCGGUCACUUCGAAUGCUAAUAUUUCAUGGACGAAAAAUUCUGUUCCUGUGAUUCCUGGUUAUAGCGAUGAUAUACAGAUUUUAAAUGGUGGACGACAAUUCGUUAUCUCAGACGUUCAACCGGAUGAUCAAGCAAUGUAUAGUUGCGUGGCACGUAAUAAGGCUGGUGAAGCAAGCAAAAAUUACAAAUUAUCUGUGUUUGUACCACCAACAAUUAUUGGCAAAGGUGGAGUGCAUAAAGUAAUUGAAAAUAAUUCAUUGGUUUUAUCAUGUGAAGUUGAAGGUGAACCAUAUCCAACCAUUACUUGGAUAAAGGAUGGUAAACCGUUAGCAUUUACUUCGGUACAGACGCUUUCAGAAGGCCAACAACUAAAAAUUGCACGAACUAGUGUGGAGCAUCGCGGAUCAUACGUAUGCUUAGCGCAGAAUAAAGUUGGUCAGGCGGAAAUUGGUUUCGAUGUGGAUGUUAUAACUCGUCCAACAAUAGCUGAGGGAGUGAAGAAAAUAGUUGAAGUGAUACGGAACGAUUCAAUUGUAAUUCAUUGUCCAAUAAUUGACAAAAAAUUUUCCGGAGAAGUUACUUGGUUAAAAGAUUAUCAACCGAUGAAAAUUGAUGGCCAAAAGUAUGCUAUGUCCCAGUUAAGUCGUAAGCUGCAUAUUAAUCGAGCUGACCUACGUGAUGAGGGAAGCUACAGUUGUCGAGUGAGGAAUGAUGCUGGUGAAUCGAGAAUUGAUUACAAAUUAAGUGUUCUACUACCACCAGAAAUACUAAUUCUAGAUAAGGAUAAGAAUAGGACACUAAUCGAGAAUAGUGCGAUUACAUUGAGUUGUCCGGUAACCGGUAAACCGGAACCAACAGUGGAAUGGUUUAAGGAUGGUGAACUUUUGACAUCGCUCAACAUUACAAAGAGAAUUGAUACAGGAUACAUGAAAGGCAAUGAUCUGAAAAUUGCACGCAUAAAAGUAGUAAAUUCAGGUCGUUACACAUGUGAAGCAAAAAAUAAAGCUGGAAUGGUAGAACAAGACAUUCUGGUAUAUGUUAUGACACCACCGAAAAUAGAACGUGAAGGUGUACCAGCAGAAAUUGGUGGUAAAUCACAAAGUGCGCUAACAAUUAAUUGUCCAGCAUACGGUCGACCAAUGCCUACAGUAACAUGGUUAAAAGCUGGUCGACCAUUUUAUCAUGAUUCUGAUGUUUAUUUAUCUGCUAAUGGAAUGAAAUUACAUUUCUUGAAUUUAAAAAAGAAUGAUGUUGAUCGUUAUACAUGUAUCGCACGAAAUCCAGCUGGUGAGGAAAAACGUGAUUUCACCGUGAAAUUAUUGGAAGCUCCAACAAUCGAAGGACCGAAUAUUUUGCAUCGCAUGCAAGUGAAUGCAGGCCGAACAGCGGUCAUUAAUUGUCCAGUAUUUGGCAGUCCCGAACCAUCCAUUGCUUGGCUAAAAAAUGGUCAACCAUUGGGAACCGAUAGCCAUUAUGCUAUUUUAAACGGUGGACGACAACUUGAAAUAAGUGACAUUUCUUCGAUUGAUGACGCAAGGUACACAUGUAUAGCAACAAAUGAUAUCGGUCUAGCUGAUUUGGAAACUUAUCUUCAAGUCAUCGGAGGUCCAGUGAUAGUUGGUGAUAAACAAGAAGUAAUUGAGGUAUUUAUUAAUGAGGCAAAAGAUUUGUUUUGUGAUGUUUCGGGUACUGAACCAAUUGAUAUCGAAUGGUUGCGUGGCGGAGAAGCUAUCGAAUUUACAGGCGAGCCACGAUCAGAAACAAGCUAUCUUCAG